AUGAAGAAGACUCGGCAAACACAUCAGCCCGCCGCAAAGGCUUACAAGGUUGAGGACUCCCAGUGCCUCGUCCGUGUCGACUAUUCAGCCAUAAACCUCUGCGAUUACAACUUCUUCUACAUAGGACUCAAUCCCUUCAUCACCGGUUUCGAAAUGUCCGGCACUGUUGAGAAAACAGGCCCCGACGCACGAUUCCAUGUCGGAGAUGCCGUCUUUGGCAUCUCCCCCGAGUUGGUUGUCGCGAGGUCUGAACUACUCUACAAGAUCCCAGCUGGCGUAUCGUCAAAGGACGCCAGUUUCAUCUGCAUGCCCGCACAUACAGGGGCAGAUGCCUUGUUCAAUGUCAUUGGCUUGGGGCUUACAGCCGCUGGUAUCGCUGGCAUUGACCCUGCCGGCAAGGGGAUUCUCAUCUGGGGCGGUGCGAGCAGUGUUGGAAUGAUGGCUAUUCAGUUGGCUAAGGCUGCUGGGCUCCAGUAUAUCUUUGUAACAGCUUCAGCCAAGAACCAUGACAUCCUGCGAGAGUUUGGCGCCAGCCACUGCUUCGACUACGCGAGCCGCUCCGUGGUUGAAGAUAUUCAACAGUCUCAAAAGACACUCGGCAUUCAUUUAACCUUGGCCUUCGAUACUGUCGGCAAAGGAGUCAUGAGUCCUGCGGAAGAUGGAAGUUCCAGCACUCCUGCGCUCACAAAGAGUGCAUUGGGCGCUUCUGAGGGUCUUCUCUUGGCUUGCACGCUCCCGGUUCACCAAGACCCUGCUUUCGGUAUGUGCACGUCUUAUCGGCCAAGCGACAGUAUGAACGCGAUGGGUGCACCUCAGGAUCCGGACUCAGCUAUCCGUAUACGCACCAUUAUGGAGUACCUGCUGGCUGUCAAGGAUGGGUUCUUAAGACUGCCUGUUGUGACAGUUGUGAACAGCGCUGAGGCUGGUAUCGAGGGAAUUCGACGUGUUGUCGGAGGUGAGAUGAGCUUGGAAAAGCUAACACUGAAGCAUCCACUGGAAUAG